GACAGCCAUCGCUGACGCUACUGCCCGCGUCCGGUUUCCUAUUUAUAAAUGGCGAAAUGCUCGGCGGUCAGACGAAAAAAAGGAAGAGACUCAGCUCGCAACCACAGACCCUAGACGGUCCUCCGACCCAGACGACAAGCCCGAUUCUUCCAGUAUCUUUUACCCACCAUGAACUCCCAUGGUGCUGGAAGGCGGACUCCGAAGAGGCGGAGGACUACGACUAAGUCGCAUUCUCAGCUUUUGGACCUCAACUGCCCCCCUGCUGAAGGGGCUGGUGAGGGGGCUCUACCUUUCAACAGCAUGCCUGUCUUGCACAUCCAGGCUUCAAGCAGUAUGCCUGUGCAGCACAUCCAGGCUUCGAGCAGUACGCCACCGGCUACUGAUGAACCUCGCAUUGGCAUGCUUAGUUGCCCCAUCGAUGUGGAAGCCAUCGAUGAUGAUGUUGUUAUCUAUUCUUCAAGUUCACUCCCUCAAGCAAGACAACAGUCGACCAGGACAGCAGUUGUGAUAAUAGAUGAUGAUUCUGAAACAAACCCAGAACCAGCAGGGGAUGCUCUUCAUGAGCAUGUGAACACACUGCUAUCUCUGGGCAUAAACCGUAGGCACGAGCCUCCGAGAGCAACCAACGCCCGCCCUGUAAUAAGUAUAGUGGACACACCAGAAGUCAACACCUUCAAGGCACCCCCUGAACCUGUGAAGGAGGUCCCGAAGGAACCAAAGUUCAGCUGCCCAAUCUGCAUGAAUGAGCUAACUGAAGCAGCGUCCACCGUCUGCGGCCACAUUUUCUGCCAGAAGUGCAUCAAGGCUGCCAUUCAGGCCCAGAAGAAGUGCCCCACCUGCCGGAGGAGGCUUACUCCAAGCCAGCAGCACCGGGUGUACCUCCCAUUGACUGAGUAGCCCAGUGCAGUCGUUUUGCUACAAGUUCUGCAGCGCCUCACCUUUUUCAUCCCAUCGUGGGCUUGUGGCGGGUGUAUUUUGGAGGUAUUUAGGGGCUUAUCAUUAGCAUAGAGUAUUACAGGGAAUUAACAAGUGGUUUUGCCCUCGGCAUUCAAGGCUGGAUCAUCAGUAAAGUAUAUCCUAGCAUCAACAUCAUCAGAAUGUUGGUGUUUGUUUGUUAACUAUGGUCGGUGCGGUGUCUUAACCUUCUGUGUGGGAUGUGAGUUGUGAUGCAAUGCAAUGUGAACCAUGAAGUGGUACUUUUUAUGC